GAAAAAAAAAAAAAGAGAAGCGACGAGCUGAAGCUUAGCUAAAUUGGAAUUCAUUCAGAUCACUCUGCAUUUCUUCUUCUUCUUCUUCUCCCUUUUUUUAGGGUUCUGCAAUUUCACGUCUUCCGAUCGCCGAAUCACUCACGGCUCUGUUGAUUUCCUCUUGCAUUUGUUCUGAGAUUUUCUAGUUUUCUCAAAUCUCACCUCCAUCUCUCUCACUGCCGUGUUCUGAAUCUGACGAGCUUCGUUUCGACUAGCAUCUUUGGCGGGUUGUGAUUUGUGUGUAAUUUGCCGAGAUCUCUUUGUAAUUCCGACUGGAUCGGACCGGACGGGGAUUUGGAGGCUUCCCGAUUGCCUAUGGCAUCGAAGAGGGGUUUGUUGUCCGCUACAGCUGCGCAGAGGGGUAGAGCUGGUGGUGGAUCUCGAUUUCCUGUUCUACUUGUCAUUUUAUUCUUGUUUCUCUCCCCCGUGAUUUUCUUCUUCAGCCGAGGUUUCCGUUCUGCAGAUCUUGAAAUUGUUUCGAAUGGCUCUCUGCAGCGGGAUGUUGGAUGGAGAGAAAGGAUAGCAUUGCAACAGAUCAAGUCUCUUUUCACUAAAGAGGUAAUUGAUGUGAUUGCUGCUAGCACAAAUGAUAUGGGUCCCUAUAGUCUUGACCAUUUUCGAAAAAAUAAUUUGUCAGCCUCGUGGAAAGUAAAUGGUCAAGAGGCUACGCUUGAUGGCAUUUCUGAGAAAAACCAAAUUUUUGUUGAUAUUGGGAAAGAAAUACCCAACAGCAAAGAGAUCAAACAUACAGAUGCUGGUUCCCAGUCUAUGGAUAGUCCUGUAAAACGGGCUAGAAGGCAACUACGAGAAAAAAAACGUGAAAAGCGUGCUACUCAGUUGCUUCAACAGGAUGACGAUAUUCUUAUAAAACUUGAAAAUGCUGCUAUUGAGCGCUCAAAAUCAGUUGAUACCUCCGUUCUGGGUAAAUACAGUAUAUGGAGGAAAGAAAAUGAGAAUGAGAACUCUGAUUCAACUGUACGCUUGAUGCGGGACCAAAUGAUUAUGGCAAGGGCAUACUUGGGUAUAGCAAAGAUGAAAAACAAGCUUGACCUGUAUCAUGAACUCCAGACUCAUUUGAAAGAGAGCCAACGUGCCUUAGGAGAGGCAAGUACUGACGCUGAUCUGAACCGAAGUGCUCCUGAUAAAAUAAAGUCCAUGGGCCAAAUUUUGUCAAAGGCAAAAGAGCAAUUAUACGACUGCAAGUUGGUUACAGGAAAGCUAAGAGCAAUGCUCCAAUCGGCUGAUGAAGAAGUCAGAGGAUUCAAAAAGCAAAGCACUUUUCUCAGUCAGUUGGCUGCCAAGACCAUACCUAAUGGAAUUCACUGCUUAUCCUUGCGUCUAACUAUAGACUAUCACCUUCUUCCCCUAGAGAAAAGAAAAUUUCCUAGAAGUGAGAAUUUAGAAAACCCAAAUCUUUAUCAUUAUGCUCUCUUUUCAGACAAUGUCUUGGCGGCAUCAGUCGUUGUCAACUCAACUAUUGUGAAUGCUAAGGAUCCUUCAAAACAUGUAUUCCAUCUUGUUACAGAUAAGCUUAAUUUUGGUGCCAUGAACAUGUGGUUCCUGUCAAAUCCUCCUGGAAAAGCCACAAUCCAUGUUGAAAAUGUUGAUGAAUUCAAGUGGCUAAAUUCAUCUUACUGUCCAGUAUUACGUCAACUUGAAUCUGCUGCAAUGAAAGAAUACUAUUUCAAGGCUGGACAUCCAACCACUCUUUCAUCUGGUUCGUCAAAUCUGAAGUACAGGAACCCAAAGUAUCUUUCUAUGCUUAAUCACCUGAGGUUCUAUCUCCCUCAGGUAUAUCCCAAGUUGGAAAAGAUUCUGUUUUUGGAUGAUGACAUUGUUGUCCAGAAAGACAUGACAGGAUUAUGGGAUGUGGAUCUUCAUGGUAAAGUUAAUGGUGCAGUUGAAACCUGUGGCGAGAGCUUCCACCGUUUUGAUAAGUAUCUAAACUUCUCCAAUCCUCAUAUUGCAAGAAAAUUUGAUCCUAAUGCAUGUGGAUGGGCCUAUGGGAUGAAUAUGUUCGACUUGAAGGAGUGGAAAAAGAAAGACAUUACCGGCAUAUAUCAUAAAUGGCAGAACUUGAAUGAAGAAAGGUUACUCUGGAAGCUAGGAACAUUACCUCCAGGAUUGAUUACAUUUUAUGGACUAACACAUCCACUUGACAAGUCGUGGCAUGUGCUUGGUUUGGGUUACAAUCCAAGCAUUGACCGGUCAGAGAUUGAGAAUGCAGCAGUCAUACAUUACAAUGGAAACAUGAAACCUUGGCUUGAAUUGGCUAUGACAAAAUAUCGUGGCUAUUGGACCAAGUAUAUCAAGUACAAUCAUCCUUACCUUCGCCAAUGCAAGUUAAAUGAAUAAGGCUGAUUUUAAAGGUCUUAGAUAAUGAACGAGAAUUCUCGAUCUAUCCCGUAAUGAGAGUUGUGCUGCUAUAUCUCUCGCACAAAAACAUUGGUUGGUUCCCACAUUAGAUUGGGGGGGCUGGGGUAUACUCAUAACAUGUUUUAAUAUGCCCCUCUUCCCUAUUUCUCUCUUUAUAAUUCAUUCCAUUCAUUCCCAUUCUCGUACCCUCUGGUACAAGAUAUGAUAUUCAUUCCCUUGUUAACAUGUAAAUCCAUUAAUUGUAUUUUGCUGUUAGCCAAACUUGAAUUGGAUUAGGAAGUCCAUGCCAAUUGGCUGUAAUUUUUGAACAACCGACAAUCUGCUUCUUUAAAUCCAUUAUCCAUAGUAUAAAUUAUAGAUUCAGAAGUUGAUGCA